CUAAAAACAAACAAUUUUUAUUACUUUAUAUAAAAUUGCACGAUCGUCCAGAGAUUAUUAAAAAAUAAGAGCCAUGGAUUUUAAUGAAGCUAGAGAAUUUUUGAAGAAGAGAUUGCUAAAAGAUAAGACAACUCUUUAUGGAUUUGAAGAAGAGAAGGAACAAAUUAAAAAUCUUUUUGUAAGAACUGCAAAACAUAGCGAAAGUAAUUCUGCUAUAUUGAUUGGACCGAAAAAAUCUGGAAAAUCUACUCUCCUGAAUUCUGUUUUAUUUGACCUGGUACAAGAUAAUGUUUUUGUGUCAAAUACUUUAGUGAUUUAUUUGAAUGGAUUAAUUCAUAUUGAUGAUCGACUGGCACUAAAAUCGACUACAGUACAAAUGAAUCUCGAAAAGGAAGUCGAAGGAAAGACCUUUUCAUCAUUUUCGGAAAAUUUGUCAUUCUUAUUAUCAUGUCUUAAGGCAGGAAAAGAUUUGCAGCGAUUAAUAUUCAUAAUUGAUGAAAUUGAUCUAUUCUGUACGCAUCAUAAUCAAACUCUUUUAUAUAAUUUGUUUGAUGUUGCUCAAUCAGCUCAAACACCGAUUUGUGUGCUUGGAAUCACAAGUCGUUUGGAUGUAAUUGAGCUUUUGGAAAAGCGUGUCAAAUCUAGAUUUUCACAUAGACAAAUUUUCAUGCUUCCUGACAGUGAAAAUUUACAGGGCUUUGCUAACAUAUUUAGGUCACUUUUGUUGCUGCCUUCGACAAAGGAAUCUAACAUUAUUUCGCAGAAAUUUGUUAAUAUACCACAAAAAGUAUACAAACAAUACAAAAUUCCAUUUCUACGCAAGCAUUUUGAUCCAAAAGAAUUUUCAUUCUCAAAGAAAUACAUUAAUGAAUGGAACAAAAUGAUUGAACAGUUGACUUCAAAGAAAAAAGUUUUAAAUGUCUUGGAAAUACUUUAUAGUACAAAUGCCUCACUUGGACCAUUAAAAAGAUUUUUAUAUGAAAUUCUUUCAACUGAUGAAGCAAAAAUCAAUGAAAAUGAUAUUUCAAAAACAGUUGAGCAUUUGUAUUUUGAAGAUGACAAAGUAAAACUUAUAAAUGGACUCUCAGUUUUAGAAAUAUGUCUGUUGAUUUCAAUUAAACAUCAUUCUGAGAUAUAUGAUAAUGAUCCUUUUAAUUUUGAAAUCAUCUUAACGCGCUACAAUAAAUUUUCCUUUAAAAGUUCAACAAUGCAAAGCAUCGAUCGGGAAGUAGUUUUGAAAGCAUUUGAAAAUUUAAAGUAUCAAGAAUUUAUCGCUGCCAUUGGACAUGAAAGCAAAAUGCAAAAGGAGUAUCAAAUGCAUAAAUUAUUAAUACUACCAGACCAUAUUGAACGAGCAUUGCAGAAAUAUCACAAUCUACCAACAGAAAUAGAUCACUGGUCGAAAAGCUGUAUUAUUUAACCUCUAUAAUUCUUUAAUUAACUGUGUUCUUUGUUACCCUUAUUUCUUGUGUUUGUGAGGACUGAAUACAAAUUAGUUUAAAGAAACAUAUAUAAAAUUCACUAAACUUUUUAUUUAAUAUAUCAGUUAUAUUGAGUUUGCAGAAAGAUAAAGACAUGAAGAUAACUACUAUUUUUGUCUUAGUUUUAUUUUUCUAUUUUGUGUCCGCAAAUGAUGCACCAGGAUUUUUCCUGAAAACAACCAAAAACAUACCGAGAUUAGGAAAACGAGUAUUCAUUAAGCAAGGAUCAAAAAAUAUUCCACGUUUGGGACGGAGAAGCGAGGUUCAGGAAACUGACGAUUCAAAAAAUUAUAAUCAUUUGCAACCUUUUGAUUCGAAAUUUAUAUUUGAUUUUUUACAAGAUGAAAUGCUAAUUGGAGAUGGAGAUUUAAAAUUUUUGUCAUGGGAAGAUUUAGAUAAAGCUUUAGAAUCAGACUCUACAUUAAAACAAAAAUUAACAAGCAUUGCGAGAGAUAAAGAAGUCGGAGAAUUGAGGAAAUUUGCUUAUGAUAUGAACUUGAUUGAAGAUCAUGAUACGUUUGGAAAUAAUAAAAUGUAUCAAAAUUUUAUUCCUUUUGAAGCUCAAAAAAGUCAUUUAUAUGACAAUAAUGAAAAUGAUUUGUACUACUUCUAUACCAAUGAAGUUAAAAGGAAUGAUAAAAAUUUGAAGAUGAACCACUUUCCAAAGCUUUUCAAUAAUUAGUGUAUAAGUUUGUAAAAGAAAUAUUCGUCUCAUAUAGAUAAAAAAA